AUGGCGGAUGCAAAUGAAAAGUUACUCGCCGAAUUAUUAAAAAAACCAGGCAACAAUGAGUGUGCUGACUGUGGAGCUAGAAAUCCGGAAUGGGCUUCUUACAACAUCGGGAUUUUCUUAUGUACGAGAUGUGCAGGUGUACAUAGAUCAAUGGGUGCUCACAUAUCGAAAGUUAAACAUUUAAAGCUAGAUAGAUGGGAAAAUUCACAAGUUACCAGAGUUAAGGAAGUUGGUAAUAAUGCUGCGAGACAUUGUUAUGAAAAACGGGUACCUUCUUGUUAUAGAAGACCUACUGAAAAUGCUCCUCAAGUUUUAGUAGAACAAUGGAUCCGUGCUAAAUAUGAACGUGAAGAAUUUUCUCGUCCAGAGCGCCAAAAUCAGUACGUAUCAGGUUUUAUGGAAGGAUUUUUAAUGAAAAGAGGUAAAGAAGAUUCCCGGUACUAUCCACGUAAAUUUGUGCUGUCCGAAGCAGACGAUACGUUAAAGUAUCACGUAAAAGAGCAUAAAGAUCCUAAAGCAGUAUUAAGAAUAUCAGAACUGAACGUCGCGUUUGCUCCAACCAAGACCGGAAACCAAAAUAGUUUACAAAUAUCAUUUAUGAAAGACGGGUCAACGCGCCACAUCUAUGUCUACCACGAAGAUGCUGAAGUUAUAACGAAUUGGUAUCUAGCGAUACGAUGUGCCAAGCUGCAUAGGUUACAGGUCGCGUAUCCUGGUGCGUCGGAAAAUGAAUUGCUGUCACAAUUAACGAGGGAUUUUCCAAAAGAAGGAUUUCUGUGGAAAACUGGGCCAAGACAUUCAGACGCUUACAAAAAGAGAUGGUUUACAUUAGACGGUCGGAAAUUAAUGUACCAUGAUGAUCCUAUGGAUGCUCAUCCGAAGGGAGAAAUUUUUAUUGGUCACAGUUCAGAAGGUUUUGCUAUUAAAACAGGCGUACCACCUGGUGCUAAAGAUCAAGGUUUUUCGUUUACUCUGGAAACACCUGACAGAAGUUUUUUGUUAUCUGCUCAGACUGACGAUGAUCGUGCUCAAUGGAUAAAUGUAAUACAAAAAGUUAUUGAUAAACCGUUAACACCUCAAGAUGCUACAGUUGCAGCAAGACUAGUAAGAAAACGUACUGCUAGCGGAACAAUGAAUAUAUUAUUUUCGUCGACAAGGUAG